AUUAUUUUCUAUUGACGUUUUAUUUAAAAUAUUCAAUGAAUAAAAGACAUAGCGUCGAAGGAACCUAUGCCUAUUCGUUUGAUCCAUUUCCAGAUUCAACUUCAACUUCAACUUCAACUUCACAAUCAUCGCUUCAUUCUUCUGUUUCAUUGGUGCAGUUGGGUUAGUGCUUUUUAUUCUUAGCCAUGUAGCACAAACAUCUCUGAAAAAAAUUGUGUCCAUGAGGUGUUGGUAUCCAAAACCAACACCGACACUUUAAUUAUGUUUAGUUAAUUCUGUGUGGACGUGUUAGUGUCGGUGUCACUCUGUCGUUUUGGUGUCUGUAUUUUGAUUUUGGUUUGAGUUUAUUUUAUUCCCUUAUGGAGAAUAUCCCUGUUGAAGUGAUUGGUAAUAUACUAUCUCAUAUUGGACCUGCUCGUGAGGCUGUGAUUGCUUCAUCAACUUGUAAGAAAUGGAGAGAAGCUUGGCGUUCUCAUCUUCAUACUCUUUCAUUCAACUCUUGUGAUUGGUCUGUUUAUCAUGAAUUAACCUCUGAUAGUUUGGAAAUACUCAUUACUCAAACAAUCUUUCAAACCAAGGCAUUGCGGUGUUUAAUCAUUUCAAUGGGUGAUGUUCAUGAAUUUUCUACUGCACCGGUUAUUGCUUGGCUUAUGUAUACAAGGGAUACUUUGCGCCAGUUGCAUUUUUACGCGAGCACGCCGCCCAUGUUUAAUAUUAUUGAGAAAUGUGGUAGGCAGAAGCUGGAAGUGUUGGAGUUGGGUCGGAACUCUAUCACGCAUGUGGAGCCUAGUUAUCAUAAGUUUCCUUGCUUGAAGGCGCUUUCGUUGAGUUUUGUUAGUAUCUCGGAGUUGGAUUUGUGCCUUUUACUUAAUGCUUGUCCAAGGCUUGAACUGUUGUCUAUGGUUAGCCCGGAAAUUGCUAUGUCGGAUUCGCAGUCUUCCAUUGAGCUUAGUAGCUCUUCUUUGAAGGAAUUCUCGGUUGAGUCGUUUGGUUUGGAUAAAUUUGUAAUAGAGGCGGAUUUACUCGAGUGUUUACAUCUUAAAGAUUGUACUUUUGAGGUUUUUGAAUUGAUUGGAAAGGGAUCUUUGAAAGUGUUGAAGGUUGAUGAUGUGAGUGUCAUCCAUCUUGAUAUUGGUGACAAUGCAGAUAACCUUGAGUUUGUAGACAUAAGCAACUUCACAAUUAUGUGGCCAAAGUUUUACCAUAUGAUCUCAAAAGCAUCAAAGUUACGUAGACUUCGACUGUGGGGGGUUGUUUUUGAAGACGACGAAGAAGUUGUGGACUUGGAAAUGAUUUCUGUUUGCUUUCCUCAAUUGAUACACUUGUCAUUAAGUUACGAUUUAAGAGACGGUGUACUUAAUUAUGGCCUACAAGGCUCGUCUCUUCUGAUGAAUGUGUCGGUGUUAGAACUUGGAUGGACUUCAAUCAAUGAUCUUUUCGCAGUAUGGGUAGCUGGGCUUUUGGAAAGAUGUCCCAACUUGAAAAAAAUGAUCAUUCAUGGUUUUGUUUCAGAGGUCAAAACACAUGAAGAGUGCAUAAUUUUGGCAAAAUUUACCGAAUUCAUUAUACAACUUGGAAGAGAAUAUAUGGAUGUAAGGAUAGAGUUUGAAUAUGAAUAGUGAGUUCCGUAACUCGUUCAUUUUUGUCAAAGCCUUGAUCAUCAUUCAACAAGAAGGCACUUCUAUAUCUCAUGUGUCACUUUGUUGAUCGCAAGAGUUAAGAAAUUGUAAAGUAACAGAUUUUGGUGUAAAAGAGAGAAUUUUGGUUACUACAUCUUUAGUUUUAAUUCAUGUUCUGGUGCUUGAAUAUUAACAGAGCUGUGUUUAUUUGUUCAAUCUCGAGGACAUUGAUGAAUGAUGAUCAAACACAUAGAUAUCCAUCAUGUUUCUAAUAUGUUGUAAGACUGCAAUUUUACUCAUUUUAACUGUAAUUAAUAUCUACUUUUCGCCUGUUUCAGACCCAUUUUUAGGGAUUUGGAAAUUCUAUUCCUGGUUUUAUCUAUGGAAUGUGAAAAUGUAUUGCAUCA